UUAUAUAAUUACUUAAUUACUCAAAAUCCUUGCAAGUGCAAUUAUGCUAAAGAGCAUAAUUUUCUGAAAGCUAUGGGAGGUAGGUUCUUGCAUCAGUCUGAAAAUCGUACUAUAGAUUAUAGAUCCAUCAGUCCUAACGUGCUUGAGUCUCAAGCUUUAUGCACUUUCAAUUUACUUCAAGACAUAGCUUCACAACCUUCUUCCCCUGUCAAACUUCCCAAGCAUAUCCC